AUGCAAACCACAUUGUUAAGAAAUCAGAGCAGCAUCAAACUGUGCUUAAACCGAUGGUUAUUAGUCGCCGGUUAUUUUCUUCCAAAUUGCGUAGUACUUUAUUUGGUCUCACUUUCGGUACUUUUGUUCUGCUACUACCUUACUUCAACAAAUCAUAAAAAAGGAAAAGGAAGCCUGAAAAUAGCGGUUUUAACAAUAUAUAAUAAAGAACCGUCUGAGUACCAAUUGGCACUUGACACCUUUAGGUGUUAUUGCGCUCAAAGGAAAUACUCUUGGAUUGAAACUGCUUUCAAACAGCGUGGAAUUAACGAAUUUCUUUCUUCAACUUUUCAGUUCUUCUUCAAGCGCCAUUGUAUCGCAGCAGAAAUUUUGGAAAAAUUAAAUGCUGACUACAUAAUGAUGAUUGAUGCUGACAACGGUGUCAUAAACCCUAACAGGUUUAUUGAGGAAUUUAUUCUGGAAGACAAAGAUCUUAUAUUUUACGACAGAAUUUACGACAACGAAGUUGCUGCUGGAAUUAAAAACAUAAACUACGUUUGUUUUAAGUUGAACAUUAAACGUGUUUUCGUAUAUAUAGCUUGCAUUAGAAUUUUAUUAGAAAAAGAUUUGUCCUGGAAAAAAAGAAUAGCGAUAUUACCAAAAAGAACUGCUUGGGUGAGGGAUAGUUGGCUAACAGACUCCAAAUGGUGUGAAAAUGACUUCAUUAUUCACGGAUGGAAACAAAGGUACUUCCUUUUUUUUGAACAUAACGUUUAUAAAUUUCUUUCUGCACUUGUCGUCUGGAGGUAUUGUAAUCUCAAAGCUGCAGUUUCGCAAGUUCUGGUAUUUAAUAGAUUGGGAUUGUCUUAUCUUAAUAAAAAUCUCUUUGUUAAUUUUUUUAGUACUCAGUAG